AUGGAUCGGUACCAGAAGGUGGAGAAGCCCAGAGCUGAAACUCCAAUCGAUGAAAACGAGAUCCGGAUUACUAGUCAGGGGAGGAUGAGGAACUACAUUACUUAUGCCAUGAGCUUGCUUCAGGAGAAAGGUUCUAAUGAAAUUGUUUUCAAAGCAAUGGGGAGAGCUAUCAACAAAACCGUAACUAUAGUGGAGUUGAUCAAGAGGAGAAUUGUGGGCCUCCACCAGAAUACAGCAAUUGGAUCCACUGAUAUCACUGAUACUUGGGAGCCCCUGGAGGAAGGCCUCCUUCCUUUGGAGACGACGAGGCAUGUGUCAAUGAUAACAAUAACCCUUUCAAAGAAGGAACUUGAUACAUCAUCUGUGGGGUAUCAGCCUCCAUUACCAGCUGACCAGGUGAAGGCUGCAACAGAUUUUGAUUAUGAAGGAGAGGGUUCACCUAAUGGCCGUGUUCGAGGUCGCGGUGGUCGAGGCAGGGGAAGGGGCAGAGGAAAUGGUUUUAUUUCAGCUGAUUAUGAAGAUGGAGGUUGGGAUCGUAAUAGGGGAAGUAUUAGGGGCAGGGGUAGGGGAAGAGGACGGGGUUUUCGUGGUCGUGGAAGGGGAGGAUACAAUGGGCCCCAAUUUGAUGUGCAGCAAGAUGGAGGAUACAACCAAGAUGUACCUCAAGGCCGUGGCCGAGGCCGUGGCAGGGGGGGAUAUCGUGGAAGGGGUCGUGGCUUUAGAUCCAAUGGGCCAAUCCAAGCAGCUGCCUGA